AUGAAGGUCUCCGGUAGCUUUCUUUUCCUCUCCCUUUUGCUCUCUUCAUUUUCAUCCUUUGCCUCGGCUCAUAACGAACUGAAGGAUGCAAAGGAAAGUCUUCCCAAGGUGUAUGAGGUUUAUCUCAAAGAUCUUGGUGGCAUGAAAUUUGCAAAUAUCAGGCUCAGGAAUGCUUAUCUUGCCCUUCAUUAUUGGAAAUCAGGUUUUGUGUCUGACCCACAUAAUGUUACUGGCAAUUGGGUUGGUGAGAAUGUGUGUGCCUACUCUGGUGUUGUCUGCUCAAAGGCAGUCGAUGAUCCCUCAUUGACCGUUGUUUCUGCUAUUGAUAUCAGCCAUGCUUAUAUUCAAGGAUAUCUUUUUGAUAUUCUCGGGCUUUUGACUGAUAUUAAAAGUUUCAAGAUUAACAACAACCAGUUUCAAGGAGAAUUCCCCAAGAACUUGUCCGGGUUUCAGGAGUUGCAGAAACUCGAUAUCAGCUACAACCGCUUUGUUGGUUCAUUUCCUGACGUUCUUCUGGAGUUGCAAUCUCUCAAGUACCUUAACUUGAGGUACAAUGAGUUUGGAGGGCAAUUGCCCCGAAAACUCUUUGAGAAGAGGUUUGAUGGUGUGUUCUUUGAUCACAACAAGUUCACACCUAACACCGAUGAAUGUGAGUUGGUCUGUGGAAACCAUCCCACCAAUCCUACUCCUGAUGUGCCACAAACACCUACUACCCCCACAACACCUUCUCCACCGCCACCAAAACCACAAACACCGACACCAGAAAGUCCUGAAUUCACCCUGCCGCCAACAACUAAACAGUCUCCACCAUCACCAGUUGUUACACCUUCCGUCCCAUCAACACCUACUUCAACUCCACCAACCCCAUCAUCUCAAACAUCACCGCCUCCGACACCAUCAAUGAGUUAUAAUCCACCUCCCACAUCAAAGCCACCAACAUCAACUCCGCCAACCCCUUCAUCCCAAGCAUCACCUCCUCCGACACUAACUCCACCAACUCCUACAUCUCAAUCCUCACCUCCUCGGACACCAUCAAAAUCCACUCCACCAACUCCUACAUCUAAAACAACACCUCCUCCAACACCAUCAACAUCCACUCCACCAACUCCUACAUCCAAAACAAUACCUCCUCCGACACCAUCAACACCCACUCCACCAACUCCUACAUCCAAAACAACACCUCCUCCGACACCAUCAACACCCACUCCACCAACUCCUACAUCCGAAACAACACCUCCUCCAACACCAUCAACAUCCACUCCACCAACUCCUACAUCCGAAACAACACCUCCUCCGACACCAUCAACAUCCACUCCAUCAACCCCUACAUCCGAAACAACACCUCCUCCGACACCAUCAACAUCCACUCCACCAACCCCUACAUCCGAAAGAACACCUCCUCUGACACCAUCAACAUCCACUCCGCCAACCCCUACAUCCGAAACAACACCUCAUCCGACACCAUCAACAUCCACUCCACCAACUCCUACAUCCCAAACAACACCUCCUCCGACACCAUCAACAUCCACUCCACCAACUCCUACAUCCGAAACAACACCUCCUUUGACACCAUCAACGAGUUAUACUCCACCUCCCACAUCCAAGCCACCAUUAUUAACUCGACCAACUCCUUCAUCCGAAGCCUUAACUCCACCAUCUUCCACUUCAACUCCACCAAGCCCUUCAUCCAAAGUAUCGCCUCCACCAAAAGAAGUAUCAACUUAUAUUCCACCUCCAACUUCCAAGCCACCAACUUCAACUCCGCCAAGUCCUUUAUCCCAAGCAUCACCUCCUCCAACACCUUCAAUGGGUUAUACCCCACCUCCCACAUCAAAGCCACCAACAUUAACUCCACCAACCCCUUCAUCCCAAGCAUCACCUCCUCCAACACCAUCAACAGGUUAUACCCCACCUUCCAUAUCAAAGCCACCAACAUCAACUCCACCAACUCCUUCAUCCCAAGCAUCACCUCCUCCGACACCAUCAAGGGGUUACACUCCACCUCGCAUAUCAAAGCCACCAACAUUAACUCCGCCAACCCCUUCAUCUGAAACAUCACCUCCUUCGACACCAUCAAUGGGUUAUAUUCCACUUCCCACAUCAAAGCCACCAACAUCAACUCUACCAACCCCUUCAUCCCAAGUAUCACCUCCUCCAACACCAUCAAAGACUUAUAUUCUUCCUCCUACUUCUAAUCCACCAAGUCACACACCAGUUUUGAGUCCUCCUAAACCUAGUAAAGCAUCUCUUGGCCCAACUCCAACCCGAACGCCAAUUUCAGCUCCUCUUAAACCUAGCAAAGCAUCUCCAGGUCCAGCUCCAACUCAAACACAAGUUUCGGGUCCUCCUAAACCUGGCAAAGCAUCUCCAGGCCCAGCUCCGAUUCGAACACCAGUUUCAGCUCCUCCUAAACCUAUCAAAGCAUCUCCUGGCCCGUCUUCGACUCAAACGCCAGUUUCGGUGCCACCCAAACAUGUCAAAGCAUCUCCAGGCCCAGCUCCGGCACGAACACCAGUUCAACCACCUCAAAAACCUUCUAAGGCAUCUCCAUUCCCAACCCCAACUUUAACACCAGGUUCUACUCCUCCAAAACGAUCUCCGGUUCCGGCUCCGACUCAUACACCACUUUCAGCUCCCCCUAAACAGUCUCCAGUCCCGUCUCCAACUCGAACACCAAUUUCUCUACCACAAAGACCUCCUAAGUCAUCUCCAGUCCCGGUUCCGACUCAUACACCAGUUUCACAUCCUCCGAAACCGUCUCUAGUCCCAACUCCAGUUCGAACACCAAUUUCUCCACCUCAGAAACCUCCUAAGCCAUCUCCAGUACCAGCUCCAGUUCAAACACCGAUUUCUCCUCUGCAAAAACCUUCUAAACCAUCUCCGACCCCAGCUCCAGUUUUGACACCAGUUUUUGCUCCACCUAAACCAUCUAAGCAAUCUCCAUCCCCAACUCCAGUUUCACCUCCUCCUAAACCCAUUAAGCCAUCUCCAGUCCCCUCUCCAACUUCCACACCAAUUUCAACUCCAAAACCAUCUCCUGUCGCACCAACGGUUCAAUCGCCUCCACCAGCACCAACACCCGCACGAUCAUUAACUCCUCCUAAGCCAUCUCCUGUCCCACCUCUGGCUCAAUCGCAUCUACCACCACCACCACCACCUUCUACACCAGUUUCAACUCCAAAACCAUCUCCUGUCACACCAACGGUUCAAUCGCCUCCACCAGCACCAACACCCACACGAUCAUUAACUCCUCCUCCUACUCAGGCUGUACCUUUACCACCGCCGAAGCACGAUGACUUCACUCUCCCACCAAACAUGGGCUUUCAGUACUCUUCCCCACCUCCACCAAUGUUCCAAGGCUAUUAAAUAGUAUACUGUUAGUUGUUUUUUAAAUUUUAUUUUUUCCAUGUAUUGAUACCAUUGAUUUUGACUUCAACAUACUUGAACAAAGUCACUCUUUUACGUGAGUGUCUAAGCAAUGGACAUUAGUUUUUACUUUAAUCUACAUUGUCACCGCCCUGAGAUUUAGGACAUAA